UCCAAUUUGCAUGUGAAGAUCUCUUCGAUCGUCAGAACUCUUCAUUACAGACGGGCGUCACUGUGCAACAGGCGGUGUUAAAACGACAUUUCUUCCAUCAGAAUCUUAGCUUUUCACAGAGUUUGACUACUGUACAAUGGAAGUUUGUGAAGACGAAACAUUACCGACGACUGGCGAGGAAGCGAGGGAAGUUGUCGUCAAAGACGCGUUAGAAAGAACGAGACAAAAUGACGACGACGCCAUGUUGUCACCCAAGACUGAUGCCAACUCGAACGAUGUAGACACCCCUGGCGGAACGAUGAAAUCCCUGGAUGAUUCUACCGAAAACCUUCCGAUUCUGGCAGACACAGAAGCACAGAGCGCUUUCCCCGAUGUUUAUCAUGUUACCAACCUCGACAACCAGGAAAGAAUACGGGUCUACACAGAGGACAUACUAGGAGACUGCCGUCCGGACCAGAUAGCAGUUCACUUCGCCCAGUACGUGCUGUCACACAUCGAACCCGCUGGGUGGCGCGCCGUGUGGCGAAGUUCAACCGGAACAACUGAGACUACGGGGGCUUUCGACGUGCUCGUUGAGGUUGAUGACGUCCGACCAGAGGAUCUAAAUGCGAGCGUUCACAUCGUGACGCCGUUCCUUUGUGACCGGCCCGAGGUGCAGCAGGCCUCGGUGGAGAGUCUCUUGGCCUCCCGAGACUACAUGUUGCCUCUGACCGAGCUGUGGCCGUUGUACGACGAGAACUAUGACCACGGAAAGACUGCGCUGGUCAUAGAGCAUAUUCGAUUCUUUUAUGACAACCUAUGGCGACCCUGGGACGAAGACGACGAGGAGGACUACAGUUUCAUCCUAAGACACCUUGGACCGAGGCUUAUGCUGUACCACGACCUGCACACGGGGGCGGUACCACCGUCCACCACGGAGCAGUACCACGCCACUCUGGCCCUGUACCGACAGCGUCUCGUCGAACUGGAUAAGUUUGAGGACCGGAUGGGCGCGGCAGACUCGGACAGUGAGCUGGACUCUAAUGACGUGCUGGAGUGUGCCCGCAGACACGAGGAGCUGGACGCCCUCAAAAGGUCAAUCCAGGUCAUGGAGAACCCCAUGAUGAGACAAACUAUAUGUUUCCGAGCGGGCACGGCCGGACCAGGUGUACCCAAGGGGCCUCGUCCAGACGGCGAACGCGUCACACACUUGAUAUCAGACAAGCUGACGGUUGGCAUGGUAACCGAUCUGUGCCUACCUGCCGAGACCACCCUGCAGUACCACACUUCCCUCCAGGUGGCGCUCGACAACACGUUUGAGGGAGACACCGUUCUGUUGUUUCCGGGGAGACAUGUGCUGACACAACCCGUAAAGCUCUGUGACCCCAUCACGAUAAGAGGUGUUGGCAAUCCUGAUGACGUCACAGUAGAGAUCAUGGUGGCCAUGAUGCAGUUCGCCGUCCUCUGCUCGUCCUUCCACGUCACCAUGUCUAACCUCACACUGCAAGCCAGCUGUCUGGGGUCUACUGUACAUGUCACGUGUGGCUGGACCAAGCUGGAGAAAUGCCGGGUUAAAUGUGGCGGGCGUGUGGGGGUCAAGGUGCAACCCAAGGCCAUGUUGACCAUGAUGCAGUGCGAGGUGACUGGAGCAACCCAGCGUGGUAUUGACCUUGAAGCAGGAUGUGAGGCAGAGUUAGUGGAUAACGUCAUCCACGGUCACGGGUCUGGCCCCGCCCCUGUCUACGUCAGCGAACCGGCCGCCAUUAGAGUACAGGCGCUCAAACCUAGUCCGGAUUCUCCAGACGACCUCCCUCCACCCUUAGUGUUGAAACACAACCGCAUCGGCCCGAACGCCGCGUACGGCCUGCAGGUCCUGGUGGACCAGAUGGAACACUGCCGCCUGGAGAUGAGCCCAGACACCCCCAAGGAAGACGUCCUCAGACACGACUUCGCGUGGAUCGUCACAGAAGGAAACAUGUUUGUGGACAACGCUCUGGGCGAUGUGGAGAUUUGUCCUUCCAUAGAAACCAUCAACUUUGAUUAGGCCAGGACAAAAAAAAAAAAAAAAAUGACUGUUGCCGGAUGCCCGAAUUAAAAGUGGAACACAUGUACAAAUCUCCUAUCGAUGGUGCUGUAAUAGAAGAUAACAGUGACGGCUUUUUAUGUAGAAUUGCUAUAGAUUUGAAUGUUAGAAAUGCAGUUUAUGAUUGCGUGUAGCAGUUCAGUUUAUUUAAGCCAAGAAAGCGCUGUUUCCCGAAGACAUUGAAAUCAUGUUAUUCUGAAAUGUAUAUCAAGGAUAAAGUCGCAACAUGCAUGUAUAUUGAAUAAAGAUUGUUUUAAUCGUGGC